GAGAGGCAGGUUUGUUGACUGACUUGGGGCUGAGCUGUAGCUGCCACUGGGAAUCUAGCUGUUAGCUACCUUGUCAGAGUUAAAGCCAUUCAGAUAAGAUGUCAAUAAUGUAACUCUCGUCGUAAAGCUGUAGCCACAGGUUCUGGCACAAGAAGAGAAUCGCCUGCAGAUGUAUUCCGUUUUAUGGGAUAAAAAUUUGUAAGCGAGCACGACGUGGUUUUAGCGAGCAUUAUCUUAAUUUAAGAUUGACAAGAUAGACGGCUAAAGUUCCUCCGGAGUGAGAUGGGCAACGCUACGGUGACCAGCGGUAGCUUGUGUAGCAGGCUAGCCAGCUGUGUGCGGCAUGGAAAUAAGAAUAUUUCCAGAUAGAUUUAUACGACAAACUAAACUGUUAUUUAUUCGGGCAGUUGUUUGAGUACUGAUCUGAUCAGGGUCUGGGCGUAGCUGUCAAACUCUCGCUCGUCCUGGCUACGGCGCUGGCCUAGAAAGCUAGCAGCAACCUAGCUUGGUUAGCAGCACGUAUAACGUUACAGUCUACGGUCUGGCUCAUCCACCAAAGUUGCGUGUUGUUGAUGGCCUCCCUGCCAGCCAUGGACACUGUGACUGACACGUACCCUGUCGUGCACCAAAAUGGGACCGCCCAUCGGGAAUCUCCAGACACAAGGCCAGCUGCCGCUGUUUUGAGACUUCAUUUCUACCACAGUAGCCAAGGAGCGGCCGACUGCAGCUUCCUCAGCUACCCACCUGGGGACUAUGUGGCCGAGGAGUUGUGCAUAGAUGCAGCCAAGGCGUGCACUAUAUCACCUCUGUACUACAGCCUUUUCGGUCUCUUCCGAGAGCGAGACCGCUUGUGGUUUGCACCCAACCACAUCUUCCAGCUUGACGAAUCGGCUUCAGAAGACGUGUUUUUCAGAAUAAGGUACUACUUCCCUGGCUGGUACAGUGCCGGGGCAUCACGGGCAUAUCGAUAUGGGGUAGCCAAGGGCUCAGAAAGUACCGUCGUUGAUGACUUUGUAAUGUCAUACCUCUUCUCUCAGUGGAGGAAUGACUUUGUCAGCGGUUUGGUGAAGAUCCCCGACUCCCAUGAGACUCAGGAAGAGUGCCUCGGUAUGGCCGUGCUAGACAUGACGAGAACAGCCAAGGAGAGACAGAUGUCACCGCUGGACAUUUACCACACUAUAAGCUACAAGUCCUUCUUGCCAAAGGACGUGAGAGCUCAGAUCCAGGACUGCAACUUCUUGACACGCAAGCGGAUCCGCUUCCGCUUCAAGCGUUUCAUUCAGCAGUUCAGUCAGUGUCGGACGACAGUGCGCGACCUCAAGCUCAAGUACCUCAUCAGCAUGGAGUCCCUGGAGAAGACCUUCUACACAGAGACCUUCCAGGUCCGGGACCCGUCCAGCGGACAGCUCGUCAUCCUUGUGGCAGCGGACAGUGGCAUCCAGUGGUGUCGAGAGAAACUGAAAGAUACAGACCAGGAGCUGCAGACCUUGUGUGACUUCCCUGAUGUCACUGACAUCGGCAUUAAGCAGGCCAGCAAGGAGGGGGCCGCAGAGAGUCGGGUGGUCACCAUCAACAAACAGGAUGGCAAGAAUCUGGAGCUGGAGUUCCCCUGCCUCUCUGAAGCCCUCUCCUUUGUGUCCCUCAUUGAUGGCUACUAUCGGCUGACUACAGAUGCACAUCACUACCUUUGUAAAGAAGUGGCUCCUCCCAGGCUUGUGGAGGCCAUAGCUUGUCAUUGCCAUGGCCCCAUCUCAAUGGAAUUUGCCAUCAACCGGCUUCAGAAGUGUGGAAACAAGCGAGGAUUGUACAUUUUGAGAUGUAGCCCUAAAGAAUUCAACAAGUAUUUUCUGACUUUCCCCGUUGAGGUGUAUGAUGCUGUAGAAUACAAGCACUGCCUGAUAACCAGGUCUGCCAAUGGGGAGUUCAACCUCAGUGGAACCAAAAGAAACUUCAGCAGCUUGCAGGAACUACUCUGCUGCUACCAAAAGGAAACGGUGCGCUCUGACAGCGUCAUUUUCCAGUUUAGCAAGUGCUGUCCUCCUAAAUCCAAAGAAAAGUCCUGCCUCCUCGUGUGCAGGAGCAACAAGGGCUCCGAAGUGCCUCUUUCUCCGUCACUACACCGACACAACAUCAGUCAGAUGGUGUUUCACAAAAUCAGGAAAGAAGAUCUGGAAUUUAUGGAGAGUUUAGGCCAAGGGACAUUUACCAAGAUCUUCAAAGGGGUCCGCAAGGAGCUGGGAGACUAUGGACUGCACCAAACCGAAGUCGUCAUGAAAGUGCUGGACCAGGCCCACAGGAAUUACUCUGAGUCUUUCUUUGAAGCUGCCAGCAUGAUGAGCCAGUUGUCCCAUAAGCACCUGAUUCUUAACUAUGGCGUAUGUGUCUGCGGAGAAGAAAAUAUCAUGGUGCAGGAGUUUGUGAAGUUUGGUUCACUGGACACCUACCUGAAAAAGAACAAGAACUUGAUAAACAUCAUGUGGAAGCUGGAGGUGGCUAAGCAGCUGGCCUGGGCCAUGAACUUCCUGGAAGAAAAGCAUCUUGUUCACGGGAAUGUCUGUGCUAAAAACGUUCUUCUGAUCAGAGAGGAUGACCGGAGGGCUGGGAACCCCCCCUUCAUCAAACUGAGUGAUCCAGGCAUCAGCAUCACUGUCUUGCCCAAAGAGAUCCUGAUUGAGAGGAUCCCCUGGGUGUCCCCUGAGUGUAUCGAUGACCCUGCCAACCUGAGCGUGGCUGCAGACAAGUGGAGCUUUGGCACCACACUAUGGGAGAUCUGCAGCGGUGGGGAGAGACCUUUAGCAGCACUGGACAACUCUAAGAAAACUCUUUUCUACGAGGACCACCACCAGCUUCCUGCACCAAAGUGGACCGAACUGGCUAAUCUGAUCACCAGCUGCAUGGACUACGAGCCCACGUUCAGGCCCACAUUUCGUGCUGUGAUCCGUGACCUCCACAGCCUCUUCACACCAGACUAUGAGUUGAUCGUGGACAGUGAUAUCCUGCCAAACAGGACAGUGGGCUCUGCCUGGCCGACUGGGGGUUUUGAGACUCAGGAGCCGGCUCAGUUUGAAGAGAGACAUCUCAUAUUCUUACAGCUGCUGGGCAAGGGAAACUUUGGCAGCGUGGAGAUGUGUCGUUAUGACCCGCUUCAGGACAACACUGGAGAGGUCGUUGCCGUGAAGAAGCUCCAGCACAGCACUGCAGAGCACAUACGAGACUUCGAGCGAGAGAUCGAGAUCCUGAAAUCUCUGCAGCACGAGAACAUCGUCAAGUACAAAGGCGUCUGCUACAGUGCAGGACGUCGAAAUCUCCGUCUGGUCAUGGAAUAUCUGCCGUUUGGAAGUCUGCGGGAUUACCUCAUGAAAAACAAGGAGAGGAUCGACCACAAGAAGCUCGUGCAUUACACUUCUCAGAUCUGCAAGGGUAUGGAGUACCUAGCAAGCAAGCGGUAUAUCCACAGAGACCUCGCAACGCGAAACAUCCUUGUGGAGACUGAGCUGAGGGUGAAGAUCGGAGAUUUCGGCCUCACCAAAGUUCUGCCUCAGGAUAAAGAGUACUACAUGGUGAAAGAGCCAGGAGAGAGUCCCAUAUUCUGGUAUGCCCCGGAGUCGUUGACUGAGAGCAAGUUCUCUGUGGCGUCCGAUGUCUGGAGCUUUGGAGUGGUGCUCUAUGAGCUCUUCACCCACAGCGACAAAAACAGCAGCCCUCCUGCAGUUUUUAUGUCCAUGAUGGGAAACGACAAGCAGGGACAGCUGAUCGUCUAUCACCUCAUUGAGCUCCUCAAAUCAGGCAGCAGGCUGCCUCAACCUCUGGGGUGUCCCACCGAGAUACACGAGAUCAUGGAGGAGUGCUGGGACAACGACCCCGGCUUGCGUCCUUCUUUCAAGGAGCUCGCUCUGCGCAUCGACCUGUUCAGGGACAGCAAAGAGUUUUAAACGGAAGAAUCACCCAAAGUGCCCUGCUCCUCUUCAACUGAGUCGCUCUUAUCAUUGUUGCCCUGUUUUGUGGGAAAGGGACAAAGGCCAGACCGAGGUCCUCCUCCUGCUCAGUGCCACUGUGUGGCAAAGCCGAUUGUGACUAGAAAAGUGAUGGUUCGAAACUAGGACCAGCUCAAAAACUACUGCCAAGGUGCCUUUAAGCAAGGCAGUCAACCCUUAUUUCUGUGGUGGAGCGGCUUAGUGAUUAGCAGCAGAAUGGAAGUGGAGGCUUAGAUGCAAGGAACUGUUGAAGGAUGCAUGUCGCUGAAAGAGAGCACACCUGUUUGAUCAAACAUCCUGGAUAAAGUUUUGAAAAAAGCAUUUAUGGGAGACUGUGAGUAAACUAUUGCCAGGCCCAAAGCUAGAGAUGCUUGUGUCAAACAAGUUGUGUGUGUGCUUGUGAGAGAGAGAGAGUGUGUUGUGUCCAUACAAACAGCUAGCAGGACUAGCUCCCUCCAUCCCAUUUUCCCCUCACCUGAAGAGAAAUGGACUCGGAGCUUAGUGUUUUCUGUGUGUGUGUGUGUGUGUGUGUGUGUGUGUGUGUGUGUGUGUAUAUAUAUCUACAGUAUAUUUGUGUACAUAUGUCCAGAAAAAUUUUAUAAUUUUAUAAUAAUGAAAAUAUAGUAUAUACUAUAUUUGAACUACCAGCAAGAAGUCAGUGUAAAUGAAGUACAUACAAAGGUGAUUUAAAAAUUCGCUAUUGUGUUUUCAUUGUGAGAGGUGGUGUGAAAAUUAAAUAACAUUUUAAUUCAACAGCAUAUCCGUUAAGCAAAUUCUUGUGGUCUAUUGCUUUGAAGCUCCUCGAUAUUGUGAACUAGGACACCAAGACUUUUAAAAAAACAAAAUACUGUUUUGAAAUGAAAAUGUAAAGGGAAACAACAGGAAAAACGGAGAACACACUAUACAUAAUUGGAAACACAUUUUCUUAAAGUUUCUCAACAUUCAAAUCUGAAGCAUAAUGGACUGUUUCAUUGUGCUGUUUAAGACUAGAAACGUAGGGUGUAAAAGAGAAUACAUGUAUCUGUGACACAAGAAGGGGAGUGUAAUGUGUAUGUAUAUUUCAGAUACCAAUAAUGCUAAUGAGGAGUGUGCCUUUUCCCUCAUGAAAGCUUUAAUGCUAGAGCAAACUGGAUUAAAGGGAACUUCACAAACUACA